GGCUCAAUGGCAGCUAUGGCCGAGUCUUAACCACAGGGCGCGACCGCGAACUGCUUCACCACACUACUGAUAUUAUUCAUGGCUCUCGAGGUACUCAAGUCGCGUCGUCGCGGCGACUACAACUUCGCGCUCGAGUACAGGACGCGAUGGAGCGACAAUGACAUGUAUCACCAUAUGAACAAUAGUGUCUACUACUACCUUUUCGAUUCUGUUGUCAACACAUACCUGAUUAAGCACUGCGCACUGCACCCACCAACGUCCCUCGACAUCGGCCUUGUCGUUCAUUCUCAUUGCAACUACUUUGCUCCGGUCGAGUUUCCCGCAGUCGUUGACCUGGCCUUGCGUGUGAACAAACUAGGAAAAAGCUCUGUCACAUAUGAGAUUGGUGUCUUUGAACAAGGCCAGGAAGAAGUCAAGGCGGUUGGAGAGUUUAUCCAUGUUUUUGUUGAUCGCGAGAGCAGGCGGCCGAGAAAAGAUGGUAUGACUGAGGCACUCAAGACGGGUCUCGAGAAGUUGGUGGUGGAAAAGUCGAAGCUUUGAGCCCUUUCAAUGCGUCAGGAGACUAAGCCACUUGAGUGGGCCAGGGUCACACGCAUCAUUGUCCUGCUCGUCUUGUCCAGCACACGGGUUGUGUAGUACUUCCACCAUACCCAUUGAAAGAGUUUGGUAAAAGGAAGGUCGAGAUGUUGAAUACCCUACAUAUAUCGGUAGUCAGAACAUUGAUUUAGAUCAUCUAGUGAUCAUAAGAACAGGCCUCAAUCAGGAAUGUUUCGCCCGCGAUGAAGAUGUGCUCGCAUCUCCUCU